UGCAUGAGGCAUCUCUAAUUGUUCUGAACCCAGCUGAGUGUGCAAGUUGUCUGACCUGAGAUCAAAUGACUAAGGAGCAACAAAAGUAAACUCUGGUGUCUCUCUGCAUUCUUUUAUCCAGUGUGACCUCUCAAGCUGCCUGUCUGGUCUGUUAGAAGUUCAACUGGAAAUAAUGUCACAAAGAAAAACAAGUCUCCGUUUUGUGACCUGGAACAUUGGUGGAAUUAAAAACCCACAGCCAAAGUGUUCGAAUAUAUUAAAAAAACUUCAGGAACUUGAGUCUGACAUAGUCUUUUUACAAGAGACACAUAUUGGUCCAGAUGAUGAGCAGAAUAAAACAGUUCAAAACAUAUUUUUAAAUGAAGAGGAAACCAUAGAGGAUGAGACUGAAAAAAAAUGGAACGUGUACUUCACUGUACACAGCUCUCAAAGCAAAGGAGUCGCAAUACUGAUACGAGAGAAUGAACACUUUGAGUACAUAUGCUGUGAUGAGGAUUGUAGUGGGGGUUACAUUGUGCUCUUCUGUCGUAUGUAUGGUGAAUGCUACACUCUUGUUAAUGUGUACAAUCAUAAUAAAGACAGAAUUGUCUUGGGUAGACUGAAACAAUAUUUGAUAAAAACAGCUGAAGGUGUGCUAGUGGUGGGAGGUGAUUUCAACACAGUUUUAAAUCCCAGCGUAGAUCGGCAAGGUUCCACAAGAAAGUCACCAUUAAAAGCUAUAUUUCAAGACUUUACUACAUCACUGAAUAUUAUUGACACCUGGUCACACAAACAUACAGAUAAUGAAACCAAGAACAGAUACACAUGUAUACGGGGUGACAGUGCUUCCAGAAUAGACAUGUUUUUCCUGAAGAAGGACACAAUGAAAAGGAUGACUGAAAUUGAAGUAAAGGAAAUAGACAUUUCUGAUCAUUAUCCUCUUGUCCUAGAACUCAGAACUAAAAGGAAAUGCAAAAAAGUUCCCCCAAAGUUAAAGCAAUAUGAAUACAAUUCUGACUGGAGAGCAGGGAAGAUUAGUGGAGCAGAAAUACUGAGUGCUAUAAAGUGCUAUAAACCUGACCAAAAAACACCAGAAAAUUGGUGUUCAGAGACUGAGACCUUAAAGGAAAAGUACAACCUUAUAUUAAAGAGUCAACAGGUACCUAAUAAUUUUAAAUAUUCAGACAGGGACAACUUCACAGGGGAAUAUUUGAUAUUUUCAGAGGUUCUGGCCAAGCGCCUCAAUGCAUUCAUUUCAUUAGAAACAAAAAGCACUGUUGCUCUCUGUUGUAUCUCUGUCGUUGUGAUCUUUGAAAGCAGCAAGCAGGAAAUCAAGUGGUCUUUCCUGAAGGCAAGACUUCAGAAGAUAGAAAAUGAUUAUGAACAAAAAAACCUGAAACAGGCCCCAUUUGUUCCACCACCAGAAUUUGGCAUUCUGGAUUUUCUUCUUCCUAAACCCACGUGCACUUCUGAGGAUCUUAGAGAUUUGCAGCCGGGCUGUCCACUAACCAGUGCUGUCCUUAAUCUGGCUCUGAACCACCUGAAUCUGAGUGUCAGAAAUGAGGCUGAGAAAACCAUAGUUUGUUAUCACAAACAGAUGCUUUUCAUACAUGUACCUCAGAGCAAACAAAAGCAAGUUUUUAAACUAGUAAGAGAAUUCCAGGAAGAUUCAGGAGUUAGACUGAUGUUCAAAUAGAAGUACGACAGGGAGAGUCAGGAGUUUCAAAUAGCAGUAUGACAAACUGUUUCAUUCUACAUGAAAUUUAAAUAUCAUGGUAAUUUCAAAAUAUUUGUAUAAUCAAAAAAUAAGCACACAUCCUAAAUAUUUAAGAACAUUUCUAAAGAGCUUUAUAACAACAAUAUAAUAUAAUGCAUUGGACAAUUUGGGAAGCCUUAUUUUUCUAUAGCACUUGCAUGGUAACUUGCGCUACAAACUCUAAAAAUCUCAGAGGUACAUUUCUAUUUUAUGUCCAGACUAAAAAAAUAUUAUGCUUACUUUUAUUUCUUAUGUAUUUCUUUAUGAUUUGCUAUUAUGAUUUUGUCGAUUGUCCUUCUUUGCUUUUAAUUUUGUUCAUUUAUUUUAUCUGAUCUGAAAUAUUAUUAUAUUUUUCUGUGUACCUCUGCGAUGGGAGUAAAAACUUAUUGAAAACAACAAUACAAUUAUAAAUAAAAUGGAACAAUUUAGAUAUUUAAAGUAAGAUAUUUUACAUUGAAAGGUCUCUUUCUGGAAUGAAGGGGAUUGGAUGAGAGUGACCAAUAACAGUAGUGGAAACAUGUUACAAUAACAUAUUUUUUGUGAUGUUAAUAAAUGUAUUUGUGGGACCUAAUUGAAAUGGUUGAAAUGGUUUUGGGAAUGUAUUCUCCAGGCUAUGACGUUAUUUUAAAAAUGAUGGAAAAAAAAGUCUUUUGAAGGUUUCAAGAAUGACCAAAUAAAAUGUCCCAUUAGAAGUACAAUGGAGUCAGAAUUUGCUUGUAUUUAUUUAGGUCUGCUUCAAGAGUUGGGAAUAUUGGAUUCAUUUGCAAGAUGUAUAGAUAGAUACAUGAAAUGCAAGUUUUAAAAAAAUGUUUAACAUUUUAACAAGAUAUGUUUAGAAUUUCACUUUGUUGUCCAGUUUUGUAAAUUAUUAUUUUGUUAAUUACUUAAACAAUAUAAUGCUUUGUGCAAUCCUUAUAUAUGCAUUAACAG